AUGUUCAGUAUCCUGCCCAUCAUACUUGCUCUCGCAGCCCUUAUUCGCGCCGAUUGCACGUACGAUUGUGAACCCAUCUACACCAUACAGUCUAACCCCUUCAACGUCGUCCUCCUAUCCGAGGAUAUUUCCCUGAACGGCACCACACUAUCCGCAUGCCAUGCAGGUGCAGCAGUCUUCACCCUCUGCCCCACGCUUUCAGAAGAAGGGGCCCAGUAUCCCGUUGUCCUAACCCACAACACAACCGACACUGCCAUCACGAACACCUUCGGCACCCAAGGCAUUCUCUCCUGGACCAUCCCCUACGACCCCUACCCCAUCGACCUUUCCGUGCUCCUCCAACCCCAAGACAUCGUCCCUCUAUCCAUUGCCCAACUCGCCAUGACCUACAAUGGCGACGGCAGCCUUUCCUUCGACAGCAACGACAUACUGAACUUCCAGAAUCCGAUUACUUGGGGGACUGAGAAGCCGGGUAUGGGUGAGUGGACGGGGUACUAUCGCUGGUGGUCUUCUCCCUCCUCCGUGCCAAAUACGCCUAUACCUAGCAGUUCUACUGGAACGAUCGUCGAUGUCUCCAGUACCUUUACGAGCACCUACUCCGCCGACUUCUCGAGCGGUCUCCCGGGCAUUGUCCUGAGCACGUUUACCUCCGGACGGCAGAAUGCCACCGCUACCUCGUCGACGACAACACAAGAGGUGACAGCCAUAGUCGGACUGUCUCCUUCGACCGAAUCCUCAAACGGCACUGCUUCAACAACCACGACAUCUGCUCGUCCAAGCCCGACUAAUACUCAGCCAUGCAAUGGAUACGUCGAGUUUUGCCAGAGGAGGUUUUCCAACAUCUCUAUGGUUGUCGCACAUAACAGCCCAUUCGUGAGGCCGCACAAUGCAGCCAGCAACCAAGACUACCCAGUGCUUAAUCAGCUCAAUGAUGGAGUUCGAGGGUUGCAGUUCGAGACCCAGAAACCCAACGAGACUUCCGCUAUACGCCUCUGUCAUACCUCCUGUAACCUGCUCGACGUGGGCACCCUCCAAUCAUACCUCGCAACGGUCAAAAGCUGGCUCGACCAAAACCCGUUCGAGGUCAUUGCCAUCAUGAUGGGCAACAACAACGGUCAGGACACUCGAAACCCAGCGACAGACUAUAUUGCACCUUUCCAAGCCUCGGGAAUAAUGGAAUACGUAUGGACACCACCCUCGGCUAGUCUGAACCUGACGGACUGGCCCACAUUGGCCGAGAUGAUUAUUAGGAAUAAGCGUGUCGUGGUGAUGUUGGACUAUGGCGCAGACCAGGAACAAGUCCCGUGGCUGCUCAGCGAAUUCAACUAUCAGUGGCAAACACCCUUUUCGCCAACCGAUCCCGCGUUCCCUUGUACGGAGCAAAGACCCCCAAAUCAGCCAGAAGGAGUCUCACGCGAGCGCAUGUACGUGAUGAACCACAACCUGAACAUCGAAGUCAGUCUCCCAGGCGUGAGCAGCAUCCUCAUACCAGCAUACUCCCUCCUCGAUGAGAUCAAUGCUGUGUCUGGAAACGGCAGUGUUGGCCUCAACGUACAAAACUGCGAGAAAAUGUGGAAUCGUCCGCCGAAUUGGAUACUGGUCGACUACUACAACUAUGGCAACUUUAAUGGAUCUGUCUUCCAGGUUGCUGCGACGGCCAACAACGUCACGUACAACGAGCAGUCGUGCUGUGGCACGGAGAGUACCAGUGCGGCGCGUAUGCUGAGAAGUGGAGAGCUUUUCAUGGCUUCAUUAUUCGUUGGCGCUUAUCUGUUGUGGUGA